CGGAGCCCAGGCACCACGCUGGCUCUUGUCUGGGGUUCUCAGGAGGGGAGAGUUGAGAGAGGCUUUGCUGCUGAGAAAAACUAUUUGGUAGAUUGAAGGUUGGAACGGGAGCUACAGAAACGAAAGAGAAAAAUUCAUACAAGCCAAUGGUUUUCGGGAAGAAAAUAACCCCAUUUCCUUGAGUUUGUAGGUGCCACUACUACUCUGGGAAAAUGGCAGAUGACGAAGAGUAUGAGGAGGUGGUGGAGUACUACACAGAAGAGACAGUCUACGAAGAGGAGCCGAGGGAGACAAUAACACAUUUCUAUGAAACUACGACAACAAGGUCAACAUCUGACUAUGAGCAAUCGAAACCUUCCAGACCUGAGCUGGCACCGCCAGAAGCGGCAAAGCCAGUGCAGAGGAAGAAGGUCAUCCGGAAGAAAGUUGACUCUUCCAAGUUCAUGACCCCCUACAUUGCGCACAGUCAGAAAAUGCAGGAUCUAUUUAGCACAAAUAAAUACAAGGAGAACUACGAGAAAGCAAAAGGACAGCCAUAUGCCAUCACAACUGAUACCCCAGAACUUCGCAGAAUCAAGAAAGUACAAGACCAACUCAGUGAGGUUAAGUAUCGAGUAGAUGGCGAUGUUGCUAAAACUAUCUGUCAUGUAGAUGAAAAAGCAAAGGACAUUGAACAUGCGAAGAAAGUGUCGCAGCAAGUCAGUAAGGUUUUAUACAAGCAGAACUGGGAAGACACCAAGGAUAAGUACCUGCUUCCCCCUGAUGCCCCUGAACUUGUCCAAGCCGUUAAGAACACAGCCAUGUUCAGUAAGAAACUGUACACUGAAGACUGGGAAGCAGACAAAAGUUUGUUUUACCCAUAUAACGAUAGCCCGGAGCUGAGGAGGGUCGCCCAAGCCCAGAAAGCUCUCAGUGAUAUUGCCUACAAAAAAGGUCAUGCUGAACAGCGGACUCAAUUCACUUCUCUACCUGAUCCUCCAGAUAUAGAGUUUGCCAAGAAAGUGACCAAUCAAGUGAGCAAGCAAAAAUACAAGGAAGACUAUGAGAAUAAAGUCAAAGGCAAGUGGAGUGAGACACCUUGCUUUGAAGUUGCAACUGCCAGAAUGAAUGCUGAAAACAUCAGCACAAGGAAAUACCAAGAAGACUUUGAGCAUAUGAAAGACCAGAUCUACUUCAUGCAGACCGAGACACCAGAGUACAAAGUGAAUAAACAAGCUGGGUUGGCAGCAAGCAAGGUAAAAUACAAAGAAGACUAUGAAAAGAAUAAAGGAAAAGCAGAUUAUAAUGUGCUUCCUGCUACGGAGAACCCACUGCUCAGACAGCUGAAGGCAGCAGGAGAUGCCCUAAGUGAUAAACUAUACAAGGAAAACUAUGAAAAGACAAAGGCAAAGAGCAUAAAUUACUGUGAGACCCCCAAAUUUCAGCUUGAUACAGUUCUGCACAACUUCAGUAGUGAUACUAAAUAUAAAGAUUCCUACCUAAAGAAUAUUUUGGGACACUAUGUAGGCAGCUAUGAGGAUCCAUAUCAUACGCACUGCAUGAAAGUCACAGCCCAAAACAGUGAUAAAAACUACAAAGCAGAAUAUGAAGAGGAUAGAGGCAAAGGCUUCUUCCCCCAGACCAUAACUCAAGAAUAUGAAACAAUCAAGAAACUAGAUCAGUGUAAAGAUCAUGCCUACAAAGUCCAUCCAGAUAAGACAAAGUUCACUCAAGUUACCGACUCUCCUGUUCUGGUGCAAGCCCAAGUCAAUUCCAAACAACUGAGCGAUUUAAAUUACAAAGCGAAACAUGAAAGUGAAAAGUUCAAGUGCCAUAUACCUCCAGAUACUCCUGCCUUUAUCCAGCACAGAGUCAAUGCCUAUAACCUGAGUGAUAAUAUUUAUAAGGAAGACUGGGAGAAAAGCAAAGCUAAGAAGUUUGACAUCAAAGUCGACGCCAUUCCCCUGCUGGCAGCCAAAGCCAACAGCAAGAAUACCAGCGAUGUGAUGUACAAGAAAGACUAUGAGAAAAACAAAGGGAAAAUGAUUGGAGCCCUCAGCAUUAAUGACGAUCCCAAGAUUCUGAACUGUUUGAAGGCGGCCAAAAACCAGAGUGAUAGAUUAUACAAGGAAAACUAUGAGAAGACAAAGGCAAAGAGCAUGAAUUACUGUGAGACUCCUAAAUAUCAACUUGAUACUCUGCUGAAGAACUUCAGCGAGGCUAAAUAUAAAGAUUCAUAUGUGCAGAAUGUUUUGGGACAUUACAUAGGCAGCUUUGAGGACCCAUAUCAAAUACACUGCAUGAAAGUUUCAGCUCAAAACAGUGAUAAAAAUUACAAAGCAGAGUAUGAAGAAGAUAAAGGGAAAUGCUACUUCCCUCAGACAAUAACACAAGAAUAUGAAGCAAUCAAGAAGCUAGACCAGUGUAAAGACCACACGUACAAAGUUCAUCCAGAUAAGACCAAAUUCACGGCCGUCACUGAUACUCCUGUGCUAUUACAAGCCCAGCUCAACACGAAACAACUUAGUGAUCUGAAUUACAAAGCAAAACAUGAAGGUGAGAAGUUCAAGUGCAACAUACCAGCAGAUGCUCCACAGUUUAUCCAACACAGAGUCAAUGCCUAUAACCUGAGUGAUAAUGUUUAUAAACAUGACUGGGAGAAAAGCAAAGCUAAGAAGUUUGACAUCAAAGUGGACGCCAUUCCCCUGCUGGCAGCCAAAGCCAACACUAGGAACUUUAGCGAUGUGAUGUACAAGAAAGACUAUGAAAAAAGCAAAGGGAAAAUGAUUGGAGCCCUCAGCAUUAAUGACGAUCCCAAGAUGCUGAACUGUUUGAAGGCGGCCAAAAACCAGAGUGAGCACGAAUAUCGUAAAGACUAUGAAAAGGGAAAAACUAUAUACACGGCACCUCUGGAUAUGCUCCAAGUCACUCAAGCUAAGAAAUCUCAGGCAAUUGCCAGUGACGUGGACUAUAAGCACCUCUUACACAAUUACAGCUACCCACCUGAUAGCAUCAACGUGGACCUCGCCAAGAAGGCUUAUGCACUGCAGAGCGAUGUUGAAUACAAAGCUGACUACAACAGCUGGAUGAAAGGUUGUGGCUGGGUUCCAUUUGGGUCCCUAGAAAUGGAAAAGGCAAAGCGAGCUUCAGACAUCCUGAAUGAGAAAAAGUAUCGCCAACAUCCGGACACUCUCAAGUUUACCUCUAUUGAAGAUGCUCCGAUUAUAGUACAGUCUAAAAUUAACCAGGCCCAGAGGAGUGAUGUCGCCUAUAAAGCCAAAGGAGAGGAAAUUCUUCACAAAUACAAUCUGCCAGCAGAUGUGCCACAGUUCCUCCAGGCUAGACUGAAUGCCUACAAUAUCAGUGAGAAUAUGUACAAAGCAGACUUGAAAGAUUUGAGCAAGAAGGGAUAUGACCUGAGAACCGAUGCGAUUCCCAUCAGAGUUGCCAAAGCUGCCAGGCAGGCGGCAAGUGACGUUCAGUACAAAAAAGAUUAUGAAAAAGCCAAAGGGAAAAUGGUUGGCUUCCAAAGUCUCCAAGAUGAUCCUAAACUGGUUCAUUAUAUGAAUGUGGCCAAGAUACAAUCAGACCGGGAGUAUAAAAAAGACUAUGAGAAGACAAAGACGAAAUACAACACGCCCCAUGAUAUGUUCAAUGUUGUGGCGGCUAAGAAAGCUCAGGAUGUUGCCAGCAAUGUCAACUAUAAGCAUUCGCUCCAUCAUUACACCUACCUGCCUGAUGCCAUGGACCUGGAGUUGUCUAAAAACAUGAUGCACAUACAGAGUGAUAACGCCUACAAGGAAGACUACAACAAUUGGAUGAAAGGUAUAGGCUGGAUACCUAUUGGCAGUCUGGAAGUAGAAAAAGUUAAAAAGGCGGGUGAUGCCCUGAAUGAAAAGAAGUACAGGCAACAUCCAGACACACUCAAAUUUACCAGCAUCGUGGACUCGCCAGUCAUGGUCCAGGCAAAACAGAACACAAAGCAAAUCAGCGAUGUCUUGUACAAAGCUAAAGGAGAAGAUGUGAAACAUAAGUACACUAUGGGUCCUGAUCUUCCUCAGUUUCUCCAGGCCAAGUGCAAUGCUUACAAUAUAAGUGAUGUCUGUUAUAAACGGGACUGGCAUGAUUUAAUAGCCAAAGGCAACAAUGUGCUGGGUGACGCUAUUCCCAUCACUGCGGCCAAAGCAUCAAGAAAUAUUGCCAGUGAUUAUAAAUACAAGGAAGCUCACGAGAAGUCAAAGGGAAAGCAUGUGGGUUUUAGAAGCCUCCAGGAUGACCCCAAGCUGGUCCACUACAUGAAUGUGGCAAAGUUGCAGUCCGAUCGUGAAUACAAGAAGAACUAUGAGAACACCAAAACCAGCUACCAUACCCCCAAGGACAUGGUUAGCAUUACGGCUGCAAAGAUGGCCCAGGAUGUUGCCACCAACGUCAACUACAAACAGCCAAUACAUCAUUACACAUAUCUACCUGACGCCAUGAGUCUCGAGCAUACCAGGAAUAUGAAUCAAAUUCAGAGUGAUAAUGUAUAUAAAGACGAGUAUAACAGCUUUUUCAAGGGCAUUGGAUGGAUCCCUCUUGGUUCUCUGGAGGUUGAGACGGCCAAGAAAGCAGGCGAUGCAUUAAAUGAGAGGAAGUACCGACAGCACCCAGAUACCAUCAAGUUCACAAGUGUACCUGAUUCCAUGGGCAUGGUUCUGGCUCAGCAAAACACAAAGCAGCUCAGUGAUUUGAACUACAAAGUGGAGGGGGAGAAACGGAAGCACAAGUACACUAUGGACCCUGAAUUACCUCAGUUUAUUCAAGCCAAGGUCAACGCCCUCAACAUGAGUGAUGCUCAUUAUAAAGCAGACUGGAAGAAAACCAUUGCUAAGGGCUAUGAUUUGAGACCAGAUGCCAUUCCUAUUGUUGCUGCAAAAAGUUCGAGGAAUAUUGCUAGUGAUUUCAAAUAUAAGGAGGCCUACGAGAAAGCCAAAGGCAAGCAAAUUGGAUUUCUCAGUCUUCAGGAUGACCCUAAACUGGUUCAUUACAUGAAUGUAGCCAAAAUGCAGUCAGAUCGUGAGUACAAAAAGGGCUAUGAAGUCAGCAAGACCAGGUAUCACACACCCUUGGAUAUGUUCAGUGUGACCGCGGCCAAGAAAUCUCAGGAGGUUGCCACCAACACCAACUACAGACAGCCCUUCCACAGCUACACUCUGCUGCCCGAUGCCUUGAAUGUGGAGCACUCCAAGAACGCGAUGCAGAUUCAAAGUGACAAUCUAUACAAAUCUGACUUCACCAACUGGAUGAAAGGGAUGGGCUGGAUCCCAAUACAGUCGCUGGAGGUGGAGACGGCAAAGAAAGCCGGAGAGAUUCUUAGUGAGAAGAAGUAUCGCCAGCACCCUGAGAAGCUGAAGUUCACAUACGCCAUGGACACAAUGGAACAAGCACUUAACAAAAGUAACAAACGGACCAUGGAUAAGAGGCUCUACACUGAAAAAUGGAACAAAGACAAGACCACUAUUCACGUCAUGCCCGAUACUCCAGACAUUUUACUCUCCAGAGUAAACCAAAUCACCAUGAGUGAUAAAUUGUACAAAGCUGGCUGGGAAGAAGAAAAGAAGAAAGGAUAUGACCUGAGGCCUGAUGCCAUCUCAAUAAAGGCUGCAAGAGCCUCUAGAGACAUUGCCAGUGAUUACAAAUACAAGCAAGCCUACGAACAAGCCAAAGGGAAACACAUUGGCUUCCGGAGCCUCGAGGACGACCCCAAGUUGGUGCACUUCAUGCAGGUGGCCAAGAUGCAGUCGGACCGGGAAUACAAGAAGGGAUAUGAGAAGUCCAAGACAUCCUUCCACACCCCGGUGGACAUGUUGAGUGUGGUGGCAGCCAAGAAGUCUCAGGAAGUGGCCACCAAUGCCAACUACAGGAACGUGAUCCAUACCUACAACAUGCUUCCUGAUGCCAUGAGCCUUGAAUUGGCCAAAAAUAUGAUGCAGAUUCAAAGUGAUAAUCAGUACAAAGCUGACUAUGCUGACUUCAUGAAGGGCAUGGGAUGGCUCCCUCUGGGCUCCCUGGAGGCUGAGAAAAACAAGAAAGCCAUGGAGAUUAUCAGUGAAAAGAAGUACCGGCAACACCCAGACACUUUGAAGUAUUCCACCUUGAUGGACUCAAUGAACAUGGUUUUGGCCCAGAAAAAUGCAAAAAUUAUGAAUGAACACCUGUACAAACAAGCAUGGGAGGCUGACAAGACCAAAGUCCACAUCAUGCCUGAUAUCCCCCAGAUUAUUCUGGCAAAGGCAAAUGCAAUUAAUAUGAGUGAUAAACACUACAAACUUUCUUUGGAAGAGUCUAAAAAGAAGGGCUACGAUCUUCGAACUGAUGCAAUUCCUAUCAAAGCUGCCAAGGCUUCAAGAGAUAUUGCAAGUGAUUAUAAAUACAAACACAAUUAUGAAAAGGAGAGGGGGAAAAUGGUUGGUUUCCGUAGUCUUGAAGAUGAUCCCAAAUUAGUCCAUUCCAUGCAAGUGGCUAAGAUGCAAUCUGAUCGGGAGUACAAGAAAAACUAUGAGAAGACUAAGACCAGCUACCACACCCCUGCCGACAUGCUCAGUGUCACAGCUGCCAAGGAUGCCCAAGCCAACGUCACCAACACCAACUACAAGCACUUGAUUCACAAGUAUGUCCUCCUUCCAGACGCCAUGAGCAUCGAGCUGAGCAAGAAUAUGAAUCGCUUACAGAGUGAUAAUGAAUAUAAGCAAGACUACAACGAAUGGUACAAAGGGCUUGGCUGGAGUCCAGCUGGUUCCCUAGAAGUGGAGAAGGCCAAGAAAGCAACUGAAUAUGCCAGUGAUAAGAAAUACCGCCAGCACCCUAGUAACUUCGAGUUUAAGAAGCUGCCAGACUCCAUGGACAUGGUUCUUGCCAAGCAGAAUGCGCAUACUAUGAACAAGCACUUAUACACCAUCGAUUGGAACAAAGAUAAGACGAAGAUUCAUGUGAUGCCAGAUACCCCAGAUAUCUUACAAGCCAAGCAGAAUCAAAUAGCAUACAGUCAGAAACACUAUAAACUUGGAUGGGAAGAAGCUUUGAAGAAAGGCUAUGAUCUCCCAGUUGAUGCAAUUUCUGUACAGUUGGCCAAAGCUUCAAGAGACAUUGCUAGUGAUUUUAAAUACAAACAAGGCUACCGCAAGCAACUCGGCCAUCAUGUUGGAUUCCGGAGUCUCCAAGAUGAUCCAAAACUUGUGCUGUCCAUGAAUGUAGCCAAAAUGCAGAGUGAAAGAGAAUACAAGAAGGAUUUUGAGAAGUGGAAAACCAGGUACACCAGCCCAGUGGACAUGUUAGGAGUGGUGCUGGCGAAGAAAUGUCAGGCCUUGGUCAGUGAUGUGGACUACAAGAACUACCUGCACCAUUGGACAUGCCUGCCCGACCAGAAUGACGUUAUUCAAGCUAAAAAAGCUUAUGACCUACAGAGUGAGAAUCUGUAUAAGUCUGAUCUUGAAUGGCUGAAAGGCAUAGGAUGGAGUCCCCUGGGUUCUUUGGAGGCAGAAAAAAAUAAGCGGGCUUCAGAAAUCAUCAGUGAGAAGAAAUAUCGUCAACCUCCAGACAAAAACAAGUUCACCAGCAUUCCUGAUGCCAUGGAUGUAGUUCUGGCAAAGACAAAUGCCAAAAAUAGGAGUGAUAGACUCUAUAGAGAAGCUUGGGACAAGGACAAGACUCAAGUCCACAUCAUGCCUGACACCCCUGACAUUAUUCAGGCAAAAGCAAACUUAAUCAAUACAAGUGAUAAACUCUACCGAAUGGGUUAUGAGGAGCUGAAGAAAAAAGGUUACGAUCUUCCCCUUGAUGCCAUCCCAAUCAAAGCAGCAAAAGCAUCUCGAGAAAUUGCCAGUGAAUACAAGUACAAGGAAGGCUUUCGCAAGCAGCUCGGCCACCACAUUGGAGCCCGGGAUAUCAAAGAUGAUCCCAAGAUGAUGUGGUCCAUGCAUGUGGCCAAGAUCCAGAGUGACAGGGAGUACAAGAAGGACUUUGAGAAGUGGAAGACCAAGUUCAGCAGCCCCGUGGACAUGCUGGGGGUGGUGCUGGCCAAGAAGUGCCAGACCUUAGUGAGUGAUGUGGACUACAAGAACUACCUGCACCAGUGGACGUGCCUGCCCGACCAGAGUGACGUUGUCCAUGCUCGGCACGCCUAUGACCUCCAGAGUGAUAAUUUGUACAAGUCCGACCUUCAUUGGCUAAAAGGCAUUGGCUGGUUACCCAGUGGUUCUCUUGAGGAUGAGAAAAACAAGAGAGCUACCCAGAUUUUGAGUGACCACAAUUACCGUCAGCACCCAGACAAAUUCAAGUUUUCCAGCCUCAUGGAUUCCAUUCCAAUGGUUUUGGCAAAAAACAAUGCUAUUACCAUGAACCAUCGCCUCUAUACAGAAGCUUGGGAUAAAGACAAAACCACUGUCCACAUAAUGCCAGACACCCCUGAAGUUUUACUAGCUAAACAAAACAAAAUAAAUUUCAGUGAGAAACUGUACAAACUUGGUCUAGAAGAAACCAAGAAUAGAGGCUAUGAUAUGCGGCUAGAUGCCAUUCCCAUCAGGGUGGCCAAGGCCUCCAGAGACACUGCAAGUGACUUCAAGUACAAAGAAGGCUAUCGCAAGCAGCUUGGCCACCACAUUGGAGCCCGAGAUAUUAAGGACGAUCCCAAGAUGAUGUGGUCCAUGCAUGUGGCCAAGAUCCAGAGUGACAGGGAGUACAAGAAGGACUUUGAGAAGUGGAAGACCAAGUUCAGCAGCCCCGUGGACAUGCUGGGGGUGGUGCUGGCCAAGAAGUGCCAGACCUUAGUGAGUGAUGUGGACUACAAGAACUACCUGCACCAGUGGACGUGCCUGCCCGACCAGAGUGAUGUCAUCCAUGCUCGGCAGGCCUAUGACCUCCAGAGUGACAAUAUGUACAAGUCAGAUCUCCAAUGGCUGAGAGGCAUCGGCUGGGUUCCCAUUGGCUCUUUGGAUGUGGAAAAAUGCAAAAGGGCAACUGAAAUUUUGAGUGAUAAAAUCUAUCGCCAGCCUCCAGACAGAUUCAAAUUUACCAGUGUGACUGAUUCUCUGGAACAAGUGUUGGCCAAGAAUAAUGCCAUCACCAUGAACAAGCGUUUGUACACGGAAGCCUGGGACAAAGACAAGACCCAGGUCCACAUCAUGCCAGACACACCAGAAAUUAUGUUGGCAAGAAUGAACCAGAUCAACUACAGUGAGAGUCUGUAUAAACUUGCCAAUGAAGAAGCAAAGAAGAAAGGCUAUGACUUGCGAAGUGAUGCCAUCCCGAUCGUGGCAGCCAAGGCCUCCAGGGACAUCGUCAGUGAUUACAAAUACAAAGAUGGUUACCGCAAGCAGCUUGGCCAUCACAUUGGAGCCCGAGAUAUUAAGGACGAUCCCAAGAUGAUGUGGUCCAUGCAUGUGGCCAAGAUCCAGAGUGACAGGGAGUACAAGAAGGACUUUGAGAAGUGGAAGACCAAGUUCAGCAGCCCCGUGGACAUGCUGGGGGUGGUGCUGGCCAAGAAGUGUCAGACCUUAGUGAGUGAUGUGGACUACAAGAACUACCUGCACCAGUGGACGUGCCUGCCCGACCAGAGUGAUGUCAUCCAUGCUCGGCAGGCCUAUGACCUCCAGAGUGACAAUAUUUAUAAGUCUGAUCUCCAGUGGCUGAAAGGCAUUGGCUGGGUCCCCAUUGGGUCUCUGGAUGUAGUCAAGUGCAAGAGAGCGGGAGAGAUACUGAGUGACAACCUCUACCGGCAGCCUCCAGACAAACUGAAAUUUACCAGUGUGACUGAUUCCCUGGAACAGGUGUUGGCCAAGAACAACGCCAUCAACAUGAACAAGCGCUUAUACACAGAGGCGUGGGACAAAGACAAGACUCAAGUUCAUAUCAUGCCCGAUACCCCGGAGAUCAUGUUGGCAAGGCAGAACAAAAUCAACUACAGUGAGAGUCUGUAUAAACUUGCCAAUGAAGAAGCAAAGAAGAAAGGCUACGACUUGCGAAGCGAUGCCAUCCCGAUCGUGGCAGCCAAGGCCUCCAGGGACAUCGUCAGUGAUUACAAAUACAAAGACGGCUACCGCAAGCAGCUCGGCCACCACAUUGGAGCCCGGGAUAUCAAAGAUGAUCCCAAGAUGAUGUGGUCCAUGCAUGUGGCCAAGAUCCAGAGUGACAGGGAGUACAAGAAGGACUUUGAGAAGUGGAAGACCAAGUUCAGCAGCCCCGUGGACAUGCUGGGGGUGGUGCUGGCCAAGAAGUGUCAGACCUUAGUGAGUGAUGUGGACUACAAGAACUACCUGCACCAGUGGACGUGCCUGCCCGACCAGAGUGAUGUUGUCCAUGCUCGGCAGGCCUACGACCUCCAGAGCGAUAACGUUUAUAAAUCAGAUCUCCAGUGGCUGAAAGGCAUUGGCUGGGUCCCCAUUGGGUCUCUGGAUGUAGUCAAGUGCAAGAGAGCGGGAGAGAUACUGAGUGACAACCUCUACCGGCAGCCUCCAGAUAAGCUGAAAUUUACCAGUGUGACUGAUUCCCUGGAACAGGUGUUGGCCAAGAACAACGCCAUCAACAUGAACAAGCGCUUGUACACAGAAGCCUGGGACAAAGACAAGACUCAAAUCCACAUGAUGCCUGACACACCUGAAAUUACAUUGGCAAGACAAAAUAAAAUAAAUUACAGUGAGAACCUCUAUCGCCAGGCCAUGGAAGAAGCCAAGAAAGAAGGCUAUGACUUGAGAAGCGAUGCCAUUCCCAUUGUGGCUGCCAAGGCCUCCCGGGACAUUGCCAGUGAUUACAAAUACAAAGAAGCUUAUCGCAAGCAGUUGGGUCACCACAUUGGCGCCCGGGCAGUACAUGACGACCCCAAGAUGAUGUGGUCCCUCCACAUUGCCAAAGUGCAGAGUGACCGUGAGUACAAGAAAGACUUUGAGAAAUACAAGACCAGGUUCAGCAGCCCAGUGGACAUGCUUGGCAUCGUUUUGGCCAAGAAAUGUCAGACCUUGGUUAGUGAUGUGGACUAUAAACAUCCUCUGCAUGAGUGGACCUGCCUGCCAGACCAGAAUGAUGUCAUCCAGGCUCGGAAAGCUUAUGACCUCCAGAGCGACAAUUUGUAUAAGUCAGACCUUGAAUGGUUGAAAGGCAUUGGCUGGGUUCCUAUUGGCUCCGUGGAAGUUGUUAAAGCCAAGAGGGCCACAGAGAUACUGAGUGACAACAUCUACCGUCAGCGUCCAGACACACUGAAAUUUACCAGCGUAACUGACUCUCCAGAGCAGGUGCUGGCAAAGAACAAUGCUAUCAACAUGAAUAAGCGCUUGUAUACUGAAGCCUGGGACAAGGAUAAGAAAACAAUCCAUGUCAUGCCUGACACACCGGAAAUCAUGCUAGCUAAACUCAACCAAAUAAACUACAGUGACAAACUCUAUAAACUUGCUUUGGAAGAGUCCAAGAAGGAAGGCUAUGACUUGCGUUUGGAUGCCAUUCCAAUCCAGGCAGCCAAGGCUUCAAGAGAUAUUGCUAGCGAUUACAAGUACAAGGAAGGCUACCGCAAACAGAUUGGCCACCACAUUGGGGCCCGAAACAUUAAGGAUGACCCCAAGAUGAUGUGGUCCAUGCAUGUGGCCAAGAUCCAGAGUGACAGGGAGUACAAGAAGGACUUUGAGAAGUGGAAGACCAAGUUCAGCAGCCCCGUGGACAUGCUGGGGGUGGUGCUGGCCAAGAAGUGUCAGAUCCUUGUAAGCGACAUAGACUACAAGCAUCCUCUACAUGAAUGGACCUGUCUGCCUGAUCAGAACGACGUUAUUCAUGCUCGGAAGGCCUAUGACCUGCAGAGUGAUGCUAUUUACAAGGCUGAUCUUGAAUGGCUGAGAGGCAUUGGAUGGGUGCCGAUUGGCUCUGUAGAGGUGGAGAAGGUGAAGAGAGCUGGAGAAAUCCUGAGUGAGAGGAAGUACCGCCAGCCUGCAGACCAGCUCAAAUUCACAUCCAUUACAGACACGCCAGAGAUUGUCCUGGCAAAGAACAAUUCCCUGACAAUGAGCAAGCAUUUAUAUACGGAAGCUUGGGAUGCUGACAAAACCUCCAUCCAUGUGAUGCCGGACACCCCAGAAAUCCUACUGGCCAAGAGUAAUUCUGCCAAUGUCAGCCAAAAACUUUACACCAAGGGAUGGGAUGAAUCAAAGAUGAAGGACUAUGACCUGAGAGCUGAUGCUAUUCCCAUCAAAAGUGCCAAGGCCUCGAGGGACAUCGCCAGUGACUACAAAUACAAAGAAGCAUAUGAGAAACAGAAAGGCCACCACAUUGGAGCCCGGAGUGUUGAAGAUGACCCCAAGAUUAUGUGUGCCAUACAUGCAGGGAAGAUUCAAAGUGACAGGGAGUACAAGAAGGAUUUCCAGAAGUGGAAGACCAAGUUCAGUAGCCCAGUGGACAUGUUAGACAUCGUGCAGGCCAAGAAAUGUCAGACUCUGGUCAGCGACGUUGAUUAUCGAAAUUACCUCCAUCACUGGAUAUGCUUACCUGAUCAAAACGACGUUAUCCAAGCAAGGAAGGCCUAUGAACUGCAGAGUGAUAAUGUGUAUAAAGCAGACCUGGAGUGGCUGCGUGGCAUUGGCUGGAUGCCAGAAGGCUCAGUAGAAAUGACCAGGGUGAAGGGUGCCCAAGACCUGUUGAAUGAAAGACUCUACAGAACGCGACCAGAAGCCUUGAAGUUCACUUCCAUUGUUGACACUCCAGAAGUGGUCCUGGCAAAAGCCAAUUCUCUGCAAAUGAGUGAGAGGCUCUAUCAAGAAGCGUGGAAUAAAGAUAAAACCAACGUCAGCAUUCCUUCUGACACGCCAAUCAUGCUGCAGGCCCAAAUCAAUGCCUUGCAGAUCAGCAAUAAACUCUACCAGAAAGACUGGGAUGAGGCCAAGCAGAAAGGCUAUGACUUAAGAGCAGACGCCAUUGAAAUCAAACAUGCCAAAGCAUCCAGAGAAAUUGCCAGUGAGUACAAAUACAAAGAAGGUUACCGUAAGCAACUGGGCCACCACGUGGGUUUCCGCAGCCUACAAGAUGACCCCAAACUGGUGUGGUCCAUACAUGCUGCCAAGAUCCAGAGUGAAAGAGAAUACAAGAAAGCUUAUGAGAAGUCUAAAGGAAUUCACAAUACACCGCUGGACAUGAUGUCGAUUGUUCAGGCCAAGAAAUGCCAGACUCUGGUCAGCGACCUUGAUUAUCGCAAUUACCUGCACCAAUGGACAUGCUUGCCUGACCAGAACGACGUGAUUCAGGCCAAGAAAGCCUACGAUCUGCAGAGCGACAACGUGUACAAAGCAGACCUGGAAUGGUUGAAGGGUAUUGGAUGGUUGCCAGAGGGUUCGGUGGAAGUGAUGAGAGUGAAGAAUGCCCAGAAUCUCCUGAAUGAAAGGUUGUAUCGUAUAAGGCCUGAGGCCCUCAAAUUCACCAGCAUUGUUGACACCCCUGAAGUCAUCCUGGCAAAGACCAAUGCUCUACAGAUCAGUGAGCCAUUGUAUCGCGAUGCCUGGGACAAAGAGAAGGCUAAUGUGAAUGUGCCAGCCGACACUCCCCUGAUGCUGCAGUCCAAAAUCAACGCCAUGCAGAUCAGCAACAAACGCUAUCAGCAAGCUUGGGAAGACGUCAAGAUGACAGGUUAUGACCUGCGAGCAGAUGCCAUCGGGUUCCAGCAUGCCAAGGCUUCCAGGGACAUCGCCAGUGAUUAUCUAUACAAAACUACUUAUGAGAAGCAGAAAGGCCAUUAUAUUGGACUUCCCAGUGCCAAGGAAGACCCGAAACUGGUUUGGGCAGCAAAAGUGAUGAAGAUGCAGAAUGACAGGCUGUACAAAAAGGUCUACAAUGACCACAAGGCCAAGAUCUCCAUCCCGGUGGACAUGGUGUCCAUCACAGCUGCCAAGGAAGGCCAGGAGUUAGCAAGCAAUGUGGACUAUCGCCAGUACCUGCACCACUGGUCUUGCUUCCCCGACCAGAAUGACGUGAUCCAAGCCAGGAAAGCCUACGACCUGCAGAGUGAUGCUAUCUACAAGGCUGACUUGGAGUGGUUGCGUGGCAUCGGCUGGAUGCCUGAAGGGUCUCCCGAGAUACUGAGAGUCAGAAAUGCCCAGAAGAUCUUCCUAGACAGUGUCUAUCGGACACCUGUGGUGAAUCUCAAGUACUCAAGCAUCGUUGACACUCCUGAAGUUGUCCUUGCUAAAGCAAAUGCUGAAAAUAUUAGUAUUCCAAAGUACAGAGAAGUUUGGGACAGGGAUAAAACUUCGAUCCACAUAAUGCCAGAUACUCCAGAAAUUAAUCUUGCUAAAGUCAAUGCUGUUAAUGUGAGCAAGAAUAUUUACCGGGAAGAUUGGGACAAAGUGAAGAUGAGCUGCGAUGUGCGGCUGGAUGCCAUCCCUAUCCAGGCUGCCAAAGCCUCCAGGGAGAUCGCCAGUGACUAUAAAUACAAGCUUGACCAUGAGAAGCAGAAGGGACACUAUGUGGGCACCCCCACAGCUAAGGAUGACAACAAGAUCCGGUGGGCCCUGAUAGCUGGCAAGAUUCAGAAUGAGAGAGAGUACCGGCUGCCGUGGGCCAAAUGGAAGACUAAGUUCCAAAGCCCUGCGGAUAUGCUUUCCAUCACGCAUUCUAAACAUUCCCAGACUCUGGUCAGCGACAUAGAUUAUCACAAUUACUUACACCAAUGGACGUGCUUGCCUGACCAGAACGACGUGAUUCAGGCCAAGAAAGCCUACGAACUGCAGAGCGAUAACGUGUACAAAGCAGACCUGGAAUGGUUGAAGGGUAUUGGAUGGUUGCCAGAGGGUUCGGUGGAAGUGAUGAGAGUGAAGAAUGCCCAGAAUCUCCUGAAUGAAAGGUUGUAUCGUAUAAGGCCUGAGGCCCUCAAAUUCACCAGCAUUGUUGACACCCCUGAAGUCAUCCUGGCAAAGACCAAUGCUCUACAGAUCAGUGAGCCAUUGUAUCGCGAUGCCUGGGACAAAGAGAAGGCUAAUGUGAAUGUGCCAGCCGACACUCCCCUGAUGCUGCAGUCCAAAAUCAACGCCAUGCAGAUCAGCAACAAACGCUAUCAGCAAGCUUGGGAAGACGUCAAGAUGACAGGUUAUGACCUGCGAGCAGAUGCCAUCGGGUUCCAGCAUGCCAAGGCUUCCAGGGACAUCGCCAGUGAUUAUCUAUACAAAACUACUUAUGAGAAGCAGAAAGGCCAUUAUAUUGGACUUCCCAGUGCCAAGGAAGACCCGAAACUGGUUUGGGCAGCAAAUGUGAUGAAGAUGCAGAAUGACAGGCUGUACAAAAAGGUCUACAAUGACCACAAGGCCAAGAUCUCCAUCCCGGUGGACAUGGUGUCCAUCACAGCUGCCAAGGAAGGCCAGGAGUUAGCAAGCAAUGUGGACUAUCGCCAGUACCUGCACCACUGGUCUUGCUUCCCCGACCAGAAUGACGUGAUCCAAGCCAGGAAAGCCUACGACCUGCAGAGUGAUGCUAUCUACAAGGCUGACUUGGAGUGGUUGCGUGGCAUCGGCUGGAUGCCUGAAGGGUCUCCCGAGAUACUGAGAGUCAGAAAUGCCCAGAAGAUCUUCCUAGACAGUAUCUAUCGGACACCUGUGGUGAAACUCAAGUACUCAAGUAUCGUUGACACUCCUGAAGUUGUCCUUGCCAAAACAAAUGCUGAAAAUAUUAGUAUUCCAAAGUACAGAGAAGUUUGGGACAAGGAUAAAACUUCGAUCCACAUAAUGCCAGAUACUCCAGAAAUUAAUCUUGCUAAAGUCAAUGCUGUUAACGUGAGCAAGAACAUUUACCGGAAAGGUUGGGAUGAAAUGAAGAUGAGCUGCGAUGUGCGGCUGGAUGCCAUCCCUAUCCAGGCUGCCAAAGCCUCCAGGGAGAUCGCCAGUGAGUAUAAAUACAAGCUUGACCAUGAGAAGCAGAAGGGGCAUUACGUUGGCACCCGUACAGCCAAGGAUGACAACAAGAUCCGGUGGGCCCUGAUAGCUGGCAAGAUUCAGAAUGAGAGAGAGUACCGGCUGCCGUGGGCCAAAUGGAAGACUAAGUUCCAAAGCCCUGCGGAUAUGCUUUCCAUCACGCAUUCUAAACAUUCCCAGACUCUGGUCAGUGACAUUGAUUAUCACAAUUACUUACACCAAUGGACGUGCUUGCCUGACCAGAACGACGUGAUUCAGGCCAAGAAAGCCUACGAACUGCAGAGCGAUGCUGUUUACAAGGCCGACUUGGAAUGGUUACGUGGAAUUGGGUGGUUGCCAAGUGAUUCCGUUUCUGUCAAUCAUGCCAAACAUGCCGCGGAUAUCUUCAGUGAGAAAAAAUAUCGCACAAAAAUAGAAACUCUCAACUUUACUCCUGUGGAUGACAGAGUUGAUUAUGUGACAGCGAAACAAAGUGGUGAGAUCCUAAAUGAUAUUAAAUACCGGAAAGAUUGGAAUGACACCAAAUCAAAGUACACCCUCACAGAAACCCCCCUGCUGCACACUGCCCAGGAGGCAGCCCGGAUACUGGACCAGUAUCUCUACAAGGAAGGCUGGGAGAAGCAAAAGGCCACAGGUUACAUUUUGCCUCCGGAUGCUGUGCCGUUUGUUCAUGCCCAUCACUCUGGUGAUGUUCAGAGUGAGCUGAAAUACAAAGCUGAACACGUAAAGCAAAGAGGUCAUUACGUUGGUGUCCCGACAAUGAGAGACGAUCCUAAGCUGGUUUGGUUCGAGCAUGCAGGCCAGAUUCAGAAUGACAGGCUAUACAAAGAGCAGUAUCAUAAAACAAAGGCCAAAAUCAAUAUACCUCCUGAUAUGGUGUCUGUGCUGGCUGCCAAGGAGGGGCAGACCCUUGCCAGUGAUAUUGAUUACCGUCAUUACCUGCAUCAAUGGAUGUGUCAUCCUGACCAGAAUGAUGUUAUUCAGGCAAGGAAGGCCUAUGACCUACAGAGUGAUAAUAUCUACAAAGCUGACCUGGAGUGGCUCCGAGGCAUUGGCUGGAUCCCCUUGGAUUCUGUGGACCAUGUGAGGGUCACCAGGAACCAGGAAAUGGUGAACCAGAUAAAAUAUAAGAAAGAUGCUCUUGACAACUAUCCUAACUUUACAAGUGUGGUGGAUCCUCCAGCGGUUGUUUUGGCCAAGAUCAACUCAGUCAAUCAAAGUGAUGUAAAAUAUAAAGAAACAUUUAAUAAAGAAGUAAAGGGCAAGUAUAUAUUUUCUCCAGAUACACCGUAUAUCACCCACUCCAAAGACAUGGGAAAACUCUAUAGUACCAUACUGUAUAAAGGGGCGUGGGAGGGCACCAAGGCCUAUGGCUAUACCUUGGAUGAGCGCUAUAUUCCCAUUGUUGGAGCCAAGCAUGCCGACUAUGUGAACAGUGAGCUUAAAUACAAAGAGACAUAUGAGAAGCUGAAGGGUCACUACCUGGCUGGAAAAGAAAUCAGUGAGUUCCCUGCUGUGGUUCACUGUCUGGAUUUCCAAAAGAUGAGGAGUGUGUUGAACUACAGAAGACAGUAUGAGGACACCAAAGCAAAUGUUCAUAUCCCCAUUGAUAUGAUGAAUCAUGUGCUGGCUAAAAGGUGCCAGUACAUCCUCAGUGACCUGGAGUACCGACACUACUUCCACCAGUGGACAUCUCUUCCAGGAGAACCCAGUGUUAUUCUGGCCCGAAACGCGCAGGAGAUCUUGAGUGAUAAUGUGUAUAAAGAUGACUUGAAUUGGCUGAGAGGCAUUGGAUGCUACGUUUGGGAUACACCCCAGAUUCUCCAUGCCAAGAAAGCAUAUGACCUCCAGAGUCAGAUACAAUACACAGCAGCGGGGAAAGAAAAUCUACAAAAUUAUAAUCUGGUCACAGAUACACCACUUUAUGUGACUGCUCUUCAAAGUGGCAUUAAUGCUAGUGAGGUGAAAUAUAAAGAAAAUUAUCAUCAGAUUAAGGACAAAUACACGACAAUUCUAGAAACAGUGGAUUAUGACAGAAUCAAGAAUCUGAAGGAUCUUUAUAGCAGUAACCUGUACAAGGAGGCCUGGGAUAAAGUGAAAGCCACCAGCUACAUCCUGCCUUCCAGCACCUUGUCCCUGACACAUGCCAAGAACCAGAAGCAUCUGGCCAGCAUUGUCAAAUAUCGGGAAGAAUAUGAAAAAUUCAAAGCUCUUUAUACUUUACCAAAAAGUGUUGACGAUGAUCCAAAUACAGCACGGUGCCUCAGAGUCGGCAAGUUUAACAUUGAUCGCCUAUACAGAUCAGUUUAUGAAAAGAACAAGAUGAAAAUCCACAUCGUGCCUGACAUGGUAGAGAUGGUUACUGCCAAGGAUUCUCAGAAGAAAGUCAGUGAGAUUGAUUAUCGCCUACACCUCCAUGAGUGGAUUUGCCACCCUGACUUGAAAGUCAACAGUCACGUCAGGAAAGUCACAGAUCAGAUCAGCGAUAUUGUGUACAAGGAUGACCUCAACUGGCUGAAAGGCAUUGGUUGCUAUGUCUGGGACACUCCUGAAAUUCUCCAUGCCAAACAUGCUUAUGAUCUACGCAAUGAUAUCAAAUACAAAGAGCAUGUGCGGAAAACGAGGAACGACUACAAGUUGGUCACUGAUACUCCAGUCUAUGUGCAGGCUGUCAAAAGUGGGAAACAACUAAGUGAUGCUGUCUACCACCAUGACUACGUGCACAGUGUCAGGGGCAAAGUGGCUCCAACUACAAAAACCGUGGAUCUGGACCGGGCCCUUCAUGCAUACAAGCUCCAGAGUGAGAAUCUGUACCGAAGACCUGGCCUGCGCUCCUUGCCUACUGGAUAUAGGCUUCCAGUCGACACCCCUCACUUCAAACACACCAAAGACACCCGAUACAUGAGCAGUUAUUUCAAGUACAAAGAAGUUUAUGAACACAUCAAGGCCCAUGGGUAUACACUUGGCCCCAAUGACGUUCCAUUUGUCAAUGUCCGGAGAGUCAACAAUGUUACCAGUGAGAGACUUUAUCGACAAUUAUACCACAAACUGAAAGACAAGAUUCACACAACUCCCGACACACCUGAAAUCCGCCAAGUCAAGAAGACACAAGAGGCUGUCAGUGAGUUGAUCUACAAAUCAGACUUCUUCAAGAUGCAAGGCCACAUGAUCUCGAUGCCAUACACACCCCAAGUGAUCCAUUGCCGCUACGUGGGAGACAUCACCAGUGAUAUUAAAUACAAAGAGGACUUGAGGAUCCUGAGGGGACUGGGCUGCUUCCUGUAUGACACUCCUGACAUGGUCCGCUCUCGGCACCUGCGGAAGCUCUGGUCUCAUUACCUGUACACUGAUAAUGCAAGGAAGAUACGAGACAAAUACAAAGUGGUGCUUGACACUCCAGAAUACAGAAAAGUGCAGGAACUGAAGACACAUCUGAGUGAGCUGGUGUACAGAGCUGCAGGCAGGAAGCAGAAGUCAGUCUUCACUUCCGUUCCUGAUACUCCUGAUCUUUUAAGAGCCAAGCGAGGGCAGAAGCUUCAGAGUCAGUAUCUGUAUGUCGAACUUGCCACCAAAGAGAGGCCCCAUCAUCAUGCCGGAAACCAGACCACAGCCUUGAAGCACGCUAGAGACGUGAAGGACAUGGUCAGCGAGACAAAGUACAAGAUUCAAUAUGAAAAGAUGAAGGACAGGUACACCCCGGUUCCAGAUACGCCAAUCCUCAUCAGAGCCAAGAGGGCUUACUGGAAUGCCAGUGAUCUACGCUACAAAGAAACGUUUCAAAAGACCAAAGGGAAAUACCACACUGUGAAGGAUGCUCUGGACAUUGUUUACCAUCGCAAAGUCACAGACGACAUCAGUAAAGUGAAAUACAAGAAGAACUACAUGAGCCAGCUGGGAAUCUGGAGGUCCAUAGCUGAUCGCCCAGAGCAUUUCCACCACCGGGCAGUCACUGAUGCCAUCAGUGAUAUAAAAUAUAAAUCAGAUCUGACCUGGCUUAAAGGCAUCGGUUGCUAUGCCUACGAUACUCCCGACUUCACUCUGGCUGAAAAGAACAAGACUCUCUACAGCAAGUAUAAGUAUAAAGAGGUAUUUGAAAGGAUAAAGUCAGAUUUCAAGUAUGUCGCGGAUUGUCCAAUCAAUAGACAUUUCAAGUAUGCAACUCAGUUGAUGAAUGAGAGAAAAUAUAAGUCUAGUGCCAAGAUGCUUCUGAAACAAGGAUGUAAUGAAAUUCUGCGUCCAGAUAUGUUGACUGCCCUCUACAACACAUACAUGUGGAGCCAGAUCAGGUACAGGAAAAACUAUGAAAAAACAAAGGACAAAUUUACCUCAAUUGUGGACACUCCAGAACAUCUGCGUACUACAAAAGUCAACAAACAAAUCAGUGAUAUACUUUAUAAGUUAGAAUACAACAAGGCCAGACCCAGAGGCUACACCACAAUCCAUGACACCCCCAUGUUACUACAUGUCCGCAAGGUCAAAGAUGAAGUCAGUGACAUAAAAUACAAAGAAGUUUACCAAAGAAAUAAGUCCAAUUGCACCAUUAAGCCAGACGCUUCUUAUAUCAAAGCAGCCAAGGAUGCCUACAAAGUCAACACCAAUCUGGACUACAAGAAGCAGUACGAAGCCAACAAAGCCCACUGGAGGUGGAUCCCUGACCGACCGGACUUCAUCCAGGCUGCCAAGUCAUCCCUGCAGCAAAGCGAUUUUGAAUACAAGCUGGACCGAGAAUUCCUCAGGGGUUGCAAGCUUUCUGUCACUGAUGAUAAAGACAUGGUGCUGGCCCUGAGAAAUUCUUUAAUAGAAAGUGAUCUGAAAUACAAAGAGAAACAUGUCAAAGAAAGAGGAAGCUGCCAUGCUGUGCCUGAUACUCCUCAGAUCCUCCUGGCAAAGACUGUCAGCAAUCUGGUGUCCGAGAACAAGUACAAGGCGUAUGUGAAGAAGCGCUUGGCCCAGGGCUCAUACACAACACUGCCAGAGACCCGCGACACUGUUCACGUCAAGGAAGUGACCAAGAAUGUCAGCGAUACAAAUUACAAAAAGAAGUUUGUCAAGGAGAGAGGGAAAUCCAACUACUCCAUCAUGCUGGAGCCCCCAGAUGUGAAACAUGCCAUGGAAGUGGCCAAGAAGCAGAGUGACGUCGCUUACAGAAAGAGUGCCAAAGAAAACUUGCAUUACACGACAGUGGCCGAUCGGCCAGACAUCAAGAAGGCCACACAGGCAGCCAAACAGGCCAGUGAGGUGGAGUACAGAGCCAAGCACCGCAAGGAGGGCAGCCAUGGGCUAAGCAUGCUUGGGCGCCCAGACAUUGAAAUGGCCAAGAAGGCAGCCAAGCUGAGCAGCCAGGUUCAAUACCGAGAAAAUUUCAACAAAGAGAAGGGCAAGACGCCAAAAUACAAUCCAAAAGAAAGCCAGCUCUACAAAGUCAUGAAAGAUGCUAAUAACCUCGCAAGUGAGGUUAAGUAUAAGGCUGACCUGAAGAAACUUCACAAACCUGUGACUGACAUGAAGGAAUCUCUGAUAAUGCAUCAUGUCCUGAAUACAAGCCAACUUGCCAGUUCUUACCAGUACAAGAAGAACUAUGAGAAGAGUAAAGGCCACUACCACACAAUCCCCGAUAAUCUGGAGCAGCUUCAUUUAAAAGAGGCCACAGAGUUACAGAGUAUAGUGAAAUACAAAGAAAAAUAUGAAAAGGAACGAGGAAAGCCCAUGUUGGACUUUGAAACACCAACAUACAUCACUGCCAAAGAGUCUCAGCAAAUGCAAAGUGGGAAAGAAUAUAGGAAAGAGUAUGACGAGUCCAUUAAAGGCAGAAACCUGACUGGCCUGGAGGUCACACCAGCUUUAUUACAUGUCAAAUAUGCAACCAAAAUAGCCAGCGAGAAAGAAUACAGGAGAGAUCUAGAGGAAAGCAUCCGUGGGAAGGGUCUCAGUGAAAUGGAAGACACACCUGACAUGCUAAGAGCCAAGAAUGCCACUCAAAUCCUCAAUGAGAAAGAAUAUAAGAGAGAUCUGGAGCUGGAAGUCAAAGGAAGAGGCCUGAAUGCCAUGGCCAAUGAAACUCCCGAUUUUAUGAGGGCAAGGAAUGCAACUGAUAUUGCCAGUCAGAUUAAGUAUAAGCAAUUAGCAGAAAUGGAAAAAGCCAAUUUCACUUCUGUGGUUGAUACUCCAGAGAUCAUUCAUGCCCAACAAGUCAAGAAUCUUUCAAGCAAGAAAAAAUACAAGGAAGAUGCAGAGAAAUGCAUGUCAUAUUAUGAGACGGUCUUGGACACCCCAGAGAUGCAAAGAGUCCGGGAGAACCAAAAGAAUUUCAGCCUUCUCCAAUACCAGUGUGACCUUAAAAACAGUAAAGGAAAAAUUACAGUUGUUCAAGACACGCCAGAAAUACUGCGUGUUAAAGAAAAUCAAAAGAAUUUCAGCUCGGUUUUGUAUAAAGAAGAUGUCUCACCAGGAACAGCAAUUGGAAAGACACCUGAGAUGAUGAGAGUGAAGCAAACCCAGGACCACAUCAGCUCGGUGAAGUAUAAGGAAGUGAUUGGACAAGGAACUCCAAUCCCUGACCUGCCUGAAGUGAAACGUGUCAAGGAGACGCAGAAGCACAUUAGCUCGGUUAUGUACAAAGAAAACUUGGGAACAGGCAUUCCAACCCCUGUCACUCCAGAGAUUGAGAGAGUCAAACGCAAUCAAGAGAACUUUAGCUCGGUUUUGUACAAAGAAAAUUUGGGGAAAGGAACCCCAACACCUGUCACUCCAGAGAUGGAGAGAGUCAAACGCAAUCAAGAGAACUUUAGCUCGAUUUUGUACAAAGAGAACUUGAGCAAGGGGACUCCCCUACCCGUCACUCCAGAGAUGGAGAGAGUCAAACGCAAUCAAGAGAACUUUAGCUCGAUUUUGUACAAAGAGAACUUGAGCAUGGGGACUCCCCUACCUGUCACUCCAGAGAUGGAGAGAGUCAAACGCAAUCAAGAGAACUUUAGCUCGAUUUUAUACAAAGAGAACUUGAGCAUGGGGACUCCCCUACCUGUCACUCCAGAGAUGGAGAGAGUCAAACGCAAUCAAGAGAACUUUAGCUCGAUUUUGUACAAAGAGAACUUGAGCAAGGGGACUCCCCUACCUGUCACUCCAGAGAUGGAGAGAGUCAAACGCAAUCAAGAGAACUUUAGCUCGGUGUUGUAUAAAGAAAACCUCGGGAAAGGGACCCCGAUUCCCAUCACUCCAGAGAUGGAGAGAGUCAAACACAAUCAAGAGAACUUUAGUUCGGUGCUGUACAAAGAAAACCUGGGGACAGGAAUUCCAAUCCCCCUCACUCCUGAGAUGCAGAGAGUCAAACACAAUCAAGAAAACCUUAGCUCGGUGUUAUACAAAGAAAACAUGGGCAAGGGAACCCCUUUACCUGUCACUCCAGAGAUGGAGAGAGUCAAACACAAUCAAGAAAAUAUUAGCUCGGUUUUGUACAAAGAAACUGUGGGGAAAGCCACCCCAACCCCUGUCACUCCAGAGAUGCAGAGAGUCAAACGCAAUCAAGAGAACAUUAGCUCGGUGUUGUACAAAGAGAACCUGGGGAAAGCCACCCCUACCCCCAUGACUCCCGAGAUGGAAAGAGUCAAACGCAAUCAAGAAAACUUUAGCUCGGUAUUGUACAAAGAGAAUAUGAGAAAAGCAACUUCGACACCUGUCACUCCAGAGAUGGAGAGAGCUAAGCGCAACCAAGAAAACAUUAGCUCGGUUCUUUAUUCUGAUAGCUUCCGGAAACAAAUACAAGGCAAAGCUGCCUAUGUCUUGGACACUCCAGAGAUGAGAAGGGUGAGGGAGACCCAGCGCCACAUCUCGACGGUGAAAUAUCAUGAAGACUUUGAGAAACACAAGGGUUGCUUUACACCGGUGGUGACAGACCCUAUCACUGAGCGAGUAAAGAAGAACACACAGGACUUCAGUGACAUUAGCUACCGAGGUAUUCAGAGAAAAGUGGUAGAAAUGGAACAGAAACGGAACGACCAGGAUCAGGAAACUGUUACAGGUUUACGUGUCUGGCGUACUAAUCCUGGCUCAGUGUUUGACUAUGAUCCAGCAGAAGACAACAUUCAAUCCCGAAGCUUACACAUGAUUAAUGUCCAAGCUCAGCGCCGGAGCCGGGAGCAGUCGCGAUCUGCCAGCGCGCUGAGCAUCAGUGGUGGCGAGGAGAAGUCUGAGCAUUCAGAAGCUGCCGACCACCGCCUCUCCACCUACAGCGAUGGAGGCAUCUUCUCUGCAACCUCAGCAGCUUACAAACAUGCAAAAACCGUAGAGCUCCAACAACGAUCAUCUUCAGUUGCCACCCAACAGACAACAGUAUCCUCUAUCCCGUCUCAUCCAUCUACUGCUGGAAAAAUCUUCCGUGCCAUGUAUGACUAUAUGGCUGCUGAUGCAGAUGAGGUGUCUUUCAAAGAUGGAGAUGCUAUCGUGAAUGUUCAAGCUAUUGAUGAAGGUUGGAUGUAUGGCACCGUGCAGAGGACUGGCAGGACCGGCAUGCUCCCAGCCAACUAUGUCGAAGCCAUUUAGGCAUGUCAAAGCAUCACACGUCUCUGCAGGACCUACAACUCCUGCAGUCAGUAUUUCUGUUUAAACUCUCCACUAUUAUCCAAGUUCUCAAGCUGCCUAAUGGUUUUUCUGUGUCAGUAUGAUGUAUGGUUCUACCAUCCCUUAAUUUGUUUCUACGUGAACCCAAUAACUCCAGUAAAACAAAUGUUAGUAUCACCGAUCUGUCCAAUUACUAAACUGGAUUUACUUUCUCAUUAUUUUUUGGACUUGCACAUAAAACUUAAGAGACAACAUUAAACCCAUAGGUUCCUUAUGUUUUAAAUUGCCAUUAUCAAAUUUUCCUGUGGGUUUUAAAAUGUUUAAUUUCAGAAGAGAGAUUUUAAAAGUUUCUUCAAUGUUCUAUUAUUGCUGCAUCAACCCAGAGUCUUUCUCCAUUAUGAAAUGUUUAACAUUAUUUCUUUUCUAAAACAAGGAUUCUGAACAUGUUAUUAAACACAUUAAAGCAAAAUGGCAGUGACAUUCACCUUUUCCUUGCUUACUGAAUGCUGAUGCUUUUAUUUCUAAUCCAGUUCUGAAGUUAUAAAGCUGAUAGUCAAUAUAAAUUGGUGACGUUAGUAACUAAUAAAAUCUAUUAAUUCUGCAACAAACA